AUGAACCUCUUAAUAUUUAGAGUAAAAAAAGCUAAACUCCAAGGACCACCAGACAAAUUCAAUACGUAUGUGACCCUGAAAGUGCAAAAUGUGAAGAGCACGACAGUAGCUGUGCGAGGUGACCAACCCUGCUGGGAACAGGACUUCAUGUUUGAGAUCAGUCGGCUGGACCUGGGCCUAAUUGUUGAAGUAUGGAACAAAGGACUGAUCUGGGACACCCUGGUUGGGACCGUGUGGAUUGCUCUGAAGGCCAUUCACCAAUCUGAUGAGGAAGGUCCUGGGGAGUGGUCUACGCUGGAGGCAGAAGUUGUAAUGAAACAUGAUGAAAUCUGUGGAACCAAAAACCCGACUCCCCAUAAAAUUUUGCUGGACACAAGAUUUGAAUUACCGUUUGAUAUCCCUGAAGAAGAGGCCAGAUACUGGACCAGAAAAUUAGAACAAAUAAAUUCACUGGGAGAUGAUGAGUAUUCCUUUCAGGAGGAAGUCCAGAAGAAACCAUUGCCCAGUGCUGCCUCCCAGUGUUCUUUUGAAGAUGCUGACAGUGCUGUGGAUGAUCGAGAUAGUGACUACCGCAGCGAGACGAGCAACAGCAUCCCUCCUCCCUACCACACCACCGCGCAGCCCAAUGCCUCUGUGCACCAGUUCACUGUGCCAUCGCGCCUGCAGCAGCAAGGGGCCGUGCGGGAAUCCUGUGCUGACUCCCUGCAAAAUUAUGAUCUGGAUUAUCGGGAUCAGGUGGCCAUCAGUCCUGCUGGCAGUAGUAGAUACGGCUCCUCUUGUAACGUCAGCCAGGGAAGCUCUCACCUAAGUGAGCUGGACCAUUCCCAUGAAAGUGCCCAUGGCUCUGAGCAAGAAGAUGAUCACCAGGAAAGAGAGUCGAAUCAUUCCUACCACAGUUCGGGCAGCUACCAGAAGGAUGGUCAGGCAUGGCUCAGGGAGCAAGAGGAGCCUCACGGCAAAGGAGAGGAGGAGAAGGUCUGUGAGACAGAGGAGAAACCUGCAGACCAUUCUGCAGCUAAGUUACCUCUGGAACUUGAGAAGCCCAAGGAUGUUGAUGCAGGAGCCCAAGUGAGCUACCAUGGUGACAAUGAGCUACCACCAUUUCCUCCAUCAAGAGCCCAUUGGAUCAGAGCCAUUAGCAAAGUUCGACUGCGGCUUCAAGAGGGUCAAGAUGAAGCUGAUCCAUCAAAACCACCCUGGCUCAAAGGAGGGCCUGCAGGUGGUCUCUAUGGCAUUGAUAGCAUGCCCGAUCUACGCAAAAAAAAGCCAAUUCCACUUGUCAGUGAUCUGUCACUGGUUCAGUCCCGGAAAGCCGGAAUUACCUCAGCAAUGGCCACUAGAACAUCUCUCAAAGAUGAAGAGCUGAAAUCUCAUGUCUAUAAGAAGACCUUGCAAGCCUUAAUUUACCCCAUCUCUUGUACAACCCCUCACAACUUUGAGGUGUGGACAGCCACAACUCCUACCUACUGCUAUGAAUGUGAGGGGCUGCUGUGGGGUAUUGCACGGCAGGGAAUGCGCUGCGGUGAAUGUGGAGUCAAGUGCCAUGAGAAGUGCCAAGACUUGCUCAACGCUGACUGCUUACAGAGAGCAGCGGAGAAGAGCUCGAAGCAUGGAGCUGAAGACCGAACCCAGAAUUUCAUCAUGGCCAUGAAGGAUCGCAUGAAAAUCCGUGAGCGGAACAAGCCAGAGAUCUUUGACUUGAUCAGAGAUGUGUUUUGUGAGAGCAAAUUGACACAUGCUCAGCAAAUGAAGACAGUGAAGCAGAGUGUGCUUGAUGGCACCUCAAAAUGGUCAGCAAAGAUCACGAUCACGGUGCUGUGUGCUCAGGGUCUGCAGGCCAAAGACAAGACUGGAUCCAGCGAUCCAUACGUAACUGUUCAAGUGGGUAAAACAAAGAAGAGGACAAAAACAAUUUUUGGGAAUCUGAACCCUGUCUGGGAAGAGAAGUUUUACUUUGAGUGCCAUAAUUCUUCUGAUCGGAUCAAGGUGCGAGUAUGGGAUGAAGAUGAUGACAUCAAGUCCCGUGUCAAGCAGCGACUGAAACGCGAGUCGGAUGAUUUCCUGGGGCAGACAAUCAUUGAAGUCCGUACUCUGAGCGGAGAAAUGGAUGUGUGGUACAACCUUGAGAAGCGAACAGAUAAGUCUGCAGUGUCUGGGGCUAUUCGCCUGCAAAUCAGCGUGGAGAUCAAAGGCGAGGAGAAAGUGGCUCCAUAUCAUAUUCAGUACACUUGCCUUCAUGAGAACCUCUUUCACCAUCUCACAGAUGUGCAAGGGAAUGGGGUGGUGAAGAUCCCUGAUGCCAAAGGAGAUGAUGCCUGGAAGGUGUAUUUUGAUGAGACAGCUCAAGAGAUCGUGGAUGAAUUUGCAAUGCGCUACGGCAUCGAAUCAAUAUACCAGGCCAUGACGCAUUUUGCAUGUCUCUCUUCUAAAUACAUGUGCCCAGGUGUGCCAGCUGUGAUGAGCACCUUACUUGCCAAUAUCAAUGCUUAUUAUGCACACACCACUGCCUCCACAAAUGUGUCUGCUUCGGACCGCUUUGCAGCCUCCAAUUUUGGGAAAGAGCGAUUUGUGAAGCUUCUGGACCAGCUUCAUAAUUCACUUCGAAUUGAUCUCUCAAUGUACAGGAAUAACUUCCCAGCCAGCAGCCGUGAACGGCUGCAGGACCUGAAGUCUACAGUGGAUUUGUUGACCAGCAUCACUUUUUUCAGGAUGAAGGUCCAAGAGCUGCAGAGUCCACCCCGAGCCAGCCAGGUAGUGAAGGACUGUGUAAAAGCUUGCCUCAACUCCACCUAUGAGUACAUUUUCAACAAUUGUCAUGAGCUGUACAGUCGCGAGUACCAGACAGAUCCUGACCUUCCUCCUGAGGAACAGGGCCCCAGCAUCAGGAACCUGGAUUUCUGGCCCAAGCUCAUCACUUUGAUAGUUUCCAUCAUAGAAGAGGAUAAGAAUUCUUAUACCCCAGUCCUGAAUCAGUUUCCUCAGGAGCUUGCUGUUGGGAAGAUCAGCGCGGAGGUGAUGUGGAGUCUUUUUGCCCAGGAUAUGAAAUAUGCCAUGGAAGAGCAUGAGAAACACAGACUGUGUAAAAGUGCAGACUAUAUGAAUUUACACUUCAAAGUGAAGUGGCUGUACAAUGAAUAUGUUCGUGAUCUGCCUGCCUUCAAGGGAAAAGUGCCUGAAUAUCCAGCGUGGUUUGAGCAGUUUGUGAUGCAGUGGCUGGAUGAAAACGAAGACGUUUCCUUAGAAUUCCUGCAUGGUGCUCUGGAGAGAGAUAAAAAAGAUGGGUUCCAGCAAACAUCCGAGCAUGCUCUGUUCUCUUGCUCAGUGGUAGACGUCUUCACCCAGCUCAAUCAGAGCUUUGAGAUCAUUAAGAAGCUGGAGUGCCCAGACCCUGUCAUUGUUGCUCAUUAUAACAGGAGGUUUGCUAAGACUAUUGGGAAAGUCCUGAUGCAGUAUGCUGACAUCCUCUCCAAGAGCUUCCAGUCAUACUGUUCCAAGGAGAAACUGCCCUGCAUCCUGAUGAAUAACAUCCAACAGCUGAGGGUGCAGCUAGAGAAGAUGUUUGAAGCCAUGGGUGGUAAAGAGUUGGAUGCAGAAGCAAGUGACCAUCUCAAAGAGCUCCAGGUGAAGCUGAACAAUGUUUUGGAUGAGCUGAGUGCAGUGUUUGGUAACAGCUUUCAGACUCGUAUUGAUGAGUGUGUCAAACAAAUGUCUGAUAUCCUCUGCCAAGUGAAAGGGACAGGAAAUGUUGCUGCUAAUGCCAGAAACACAGUUGCACAAGACGCAGAUAAUGUCCUGAGGCCAUUGAUGGAUUUCUUGGAUGGAAACCUGACGCUGUUUGCGACUGUGUGUGAAAAGACAGUGUUGAAACGGGUGCUGAAAGAGCUCUGGAGGGUGGUAAUGAAUACCAUGGAGAAGCUGAUUGUGCUGCCUCCUCUUACAGACCAUACGGGCACACAGUUGAUUUUCAGUGCUGCUAAGGAACUGGGACACUUGUCAAAGUUGAAGGAUCAUAUGGUGAGAGAAGAAACCAGGAGUCUCACUCCAAAGCAGUGUGCUGUUUUGGAUCUGGCACUGGAUACUAUCAAACAAUAUUUCCAUGCUGGCGGGAAUGGUCUGAAGAAAACCUUCUUGGAGAAGAGUCCAGACCUGCAGUCACUUCGAUAUGCUCUCUCUCUCUACACUCAGACCACAGACACUCUCAUAAAAACCUUUGUCCAGACUCAGACAGCUCAGGUGCAUGAUGGGAAAGGUAUUAGGUUUACCGCUAAUGAGGAUGUUCUUCCUGAUAAGGGCUCUGGUGUGGAUGAUCCUGUGGGUGAAGUGUCCAUACAGAUCGACCUGUAUACCCACCCAGGAACCGGUGAACACAAGGUCACAGUGAAAGUUGUGGCAGCCAACGACCUGAAGUGGCAAACGUCUGGCAUGUUCCGUCCAUUCGUUGAAAUCACCAUGAUUGGGCCCCACCAGAGUGACAAGAAGAGGAAAUUCACAACCAAGUCAAAGAGCAACAACUGGGCUCCCAAAUACAAUGAAACCUUUCACUUCAUCCUGGGGAAUGAAGAUGGUCCUGAUGCCUACGAGCUCCAAGUCUGUGUGAAGGACUACUGCUUUGCUCGGGAGGACCGGGUACUGGGGAUAGCAGUGAUGCAGCUCAGAGACAUAGCAGACAAAGGAAGCUGUGCUUGCUGGUGCCCCCUCGGGCGCAGGAUUCACAUGGAUGAGACUGGACUUACGGUCCUGAGGAUUCUCUCUCAAAGAACCAAUGAUGAAGUUGCCAGAGAAUUUGUAAAGUUGAAAUCUGAGUCCCGCUCCACCGAGGAGGGCACUUGA